AUGAGUGAACCUACAGUGCCAUUUCAUGUGGUGGCACAGUAUCCAUACAGAUCAGAUUUCGAAGACGACCUAAAUUUUGAUAAGGAUCAGGUAAUUACAGUUACAUCCAUCGAGGAUGAUCAAUGGUAUUUUGGUGAAUUUAAAAGUGUAGAUAGUGAAUUGCAUCAAGGUAUCUUUCCCAAAGGAUUUGUAACAAUUUAUGAAGCACCUCCAGCCAAAAAUACGCCUACUACAGCUGCCUAUGAUGAAGAUGAUGAGGACGAUGACGAAGAUGACCACUGGGUUGAUGCUCAGACAACUAAUUCACCCAAAUCGAGAAGUAGACCAUCAGUAUCAUCUUAUCAAGACGCUAUCCAGGGAUUGAACAUACCAGGAAAUAGAGGUACAGUUUUCUAUGAUUCCAUGGAACCAGCACCAGUGAAUGAGGAAAAAGAAGAGCAACAACUGCAACAAGAAAUUCAACAACCGCACCAUGAGAGGAAGCAAAGUAUCGCUAGUGAAGUAGAUUUCGAACCUGGACCUAUCAAUCAUACAGGAUCCAAUGAAUUCGAACAAGAACAGUUACCUAAAACUAGUUUGAGAGAGAGGAUUGCGAUGUUGCAAGAGCAACAGAGAAGACAGAUGCAGAAGGAGCAAGAGAAGUUAGCCAAGAGGACGAAGAAAGAGGCAAACCCAAUUGAGCCUGCUCCUUCACAGUCUACAAAAGAAGGAAUUGAAGAUAAACCACCUGUUUCCUUGGAUCCUUCCUCUCGUGGUUUGUCGAGGAAUAUAGAUAGUAGGGAAGAGCUGGAGUCACCUAGCUUAAGAGACAGUGCUUCCUUUGGUGAGGGGCCAAGAGACGACUUUAAUAGGCACAAAGAGGACGAAACUGACCACCAGCAUCUGACAACAGAAAAACCACAAGAAGAGUUUGAAUCUCAAGGGAUGGGUCCAAUUGAACAAAAACCUAAUGACGAACCUAAUGAAGAUGAAGAAGAAGACGAAGAUAGUGAAGAAGAUGAAGAAGAGAAACGCCGUGCUGCUUUAACUGCAAAGAUGGCCAAGAUGGCCGAUGCACAGCGUUUUGGUGGUGGACCUGUUGGUUUCAACCCGUUUGGUAUGCCGCCUGCUUUUGGUGCAGGGAUUGGUGCAGGAUCGAAUAAGAAGAAGAAGAGUUUAUCUGAGAAACCUACUGGUGAUCUUGAUAAUGAAGAAAGCUCCAUUCCUAAAGUAGUGCCAAUUAUGCCCUUUGCAGAUCCAAACGCUAUUUCGUUCCUCAAUAAACCUUCUACUACUGAGGAGUUCGGUGACAAAGAACUUCGCGAUCAUGAUUACCCAGGAGUUGAAAAGGGUAAAGAGGGCGCCGAAGGCGCUCCCCUUUUGGAUACUCCUGGCGCCCUGGCGGAUGAAGAGGAAGCCGGUGAUUCUCAAAGUUCUUUUAACGAAAAUACAGCUUUCCAACCCUCAAAGAAUGCAGCACCAAAAUAUACUGGAGAAAGUCCGGCAAUGGUUGGUAACUUGGCUCAGUCGGAUUCCACUGGUUAUGAUUCUUCGGCGGAAAACACAGAUAGAAACUUAUCCGAGUUAGCGGAUCAACAACACCAUCCUACCGAUAAACCAUCAAUGCCGCAUGUACCACCAUUUCCUGGGUCUCCACCGAUUCCUACAAAUCGUGAUUCCUUUAUGGACGAAAAUGCACCAUCGAAUUCUCCUGGGGUUUCUAACCCACAAGCUUCUGGAUUUGACAAGUUGUUUACCAACACUGAAGAUCUAGAUCGUACUCCUCAAAAUACUGAUUCUUACUCGAGAGGUUCUACAAUAGAUCCAAGCAUGGAAUCUUCCUCGCAACAAAAGUCUCUUUCUCGUUCAGGUACAUCGGUUCCACCACUUUCACCACCAUCUCGUCAUCCUUCAGUCCGUAAAACUGGUUCCACUUUGGGUAGACCACCUUCUACCAUUGACCAUGUUCCAAGCCGGAAAAGUCCACCACCACCCCCUCCUUCAUCAAUUCCAGGGACUCAUGAACAUUCAGCGGAAACUACACCUGUUCCAGGCGAGUCAGAAUUGCAAAGAGGUUUGAAUCCGCCAGCUUCAAGUAAUGAUGGACCUUCAAGAGGUGCACCACCAGUUCCAGGCAGUGGCGAACCACCCAAAGUAGCUCCACCAAUUCCCAGCGGACCUCCUAGAGGUGCACCGCCGGUUCCUAGUGGUUUUGAACGCUCGAAUAGUCCACCCCCUCCAUCAAUUCCCAGCGAAUCUCCAAAAGGGAUGCCCUCACAUCGUAGUAGUACCGAGCGUCCAAAAAGUCCACCUCCUCCACCUAUUCCUGAUGGACCUCCAAUGGUUGCACCACCAGUUCCAGGUUCUUUAGAACGUUCUGGUCCUCCUCUCUCUCCACCACCUAUCCCUGAUGGGCCUCCAAGGGUUGCGCCACCAGUUCCGGGUUCUUUAGAAGGUUCUGGUUCUCCUAAGUCUCCACCACCAAUUGUUGGUACUCCUGGAUUCCCAAGAUCUUCUGCCCCUCCUGUUCCUGAUACUGCAGAUUUGCCAAGAGGUCAUGCUCCACCGGUUCCAGGUUCACCAGACGUACCAAAAAUGGGUCCACCAAAAGCAGCACCUCCUAUUCCAGGAUCUCCACCAAUUCCCUUGGGUAAACGUGCAUCUGAGGAUUCUGCGGUCUCGUCGGGAUACACAAGAGACCCCCCUCCAGUGCCAGGUUCAGUACCACCAUCUGCUUCUGCACCACCUGUUCCUGCCCCUGCACCACCUGUUCCCGUCGAAUCACCAACUGAUGAACCCAAAAAGUUAAAGAGAGCCGGUUCCACCAAAGAGUUUCCUGAAUCUUCUAAUCAAAGAUCGGUUGAAUUUAAUCCAAGUGACUCUUGGUGGCUUGAAAAAAUAUUCCCAUCUAGGUUAUUUGGUCCUAAGGUGAAAUGCAUUAUGGAAGUAGAUGAUCAUUUGGUGAACAAGAGGUCUCAUGAGCGCUACAUGGUUAGGGAUUUUUAUUUCCUUUAUGAAGACUUCUCUCAGCUUCAUCUAAGUGUAAAUUUUAAUCCGGAUAAACCUCAAGAGACUGUUCGUGUUACACAGACGUUCCAUCCAAUAAGGCACCAACCAGAAUUGCUUGACGAAUAUUCCGACAAGUAUGGUAGUUUUAUCCUUCAAAAGGCUCACUCCCUAGUUGAUAGUCAUACUACAGACUUCUUGAGCUCCAUUCUUUCUCGUUUGAGUCCUGAAAUUAUCUUACCAAUCGAAUCUAGAACUUUUGGUGUCCCUGUCUUUAGGUAUAAAGCUGGAGAGCAUCCUAACGUCGAUAACGCUAAAGAUAUCAGACCUGGUGAUAUACUGGUGAUCAGAAAGGGGAAAUUCGAUGUGUCCACAAGAACUGGUGAAAGGAAGAUCUUGGCAGUGGGCUCUGAAUCUGAGCCAUAUGCUAGUGUAAUUACAGAUUUUGAACUUGCGAAAGGUAAACUUAGAGUUAUUGAAGAAUAUUCCGGCAAAGUCUUUCAAUCCAGUUACAAACUACACCAUAUGAGGAGUGGUAGAUUGAAAAUAUUCAGGGUCACUGGAAGGGACUACAUCGGAUGGUAG